CAGUUCGUAAGUUACGAGCGCGCCGCACGUCGCCGUCGCCAUCUGGCGGCCGCGCGGCCAGUCAGUCCUGGCAAAAUGGCGCUCAAGGCACAAGUCGGUCAGAAGAUUAUGAACGAGGUGAUCAAGCAGAAAAAGAAGACAACAGGUGGAAUGGAAUGGCGGAUUCUGGUGGUCGAUCAGCUCGCCAUGAGGAUGGUGUCCGCGUGCUGCAAGAUGCACGACAUCAGCGCUCAGGGUAUCACCCUAGUGGAGGACAUCAAUAAGAAGCGCGAACCCCUGCCGACAAUGGAGGGCGUUUACCUCAUCACGCCUUGUAACUCGUCGGUGCAAAAAUUGAUCGACGACUUCAGCAACCCGACGAGAACCACCUACAAGGUUGCCCACGUGUACUUCACGGAAGUAUGCCCGGAGGAGCUGUUCAAUGAAAUCUGCAAGUCUCUCGCCGCUAAAAAGAUCAAAACCCUCAAAGAGAUCAACAUCGCAUUCCUGCCGUAUGAAUCGCAGGUCUUCUCGUUGGACUCGCGCGAGACCUUUGCCUGCUUCUACAAUCCCUCAUUCUUCAAUCUACGACCAGCCAACAUGGAGCGGAUUGCCGAGCAGAUCGCGACACUGUGCGCCACUCUCGGGGAAUAUCCGUCAGUCAGAUAUCGCAGUGACUUCGACCGCAACGUCGAACUCGCGCAGUUGGUGCAGCAGAAGCUAGACGCGUAUAAGGCUGAUGAACCGACGAUGGGCGAGGGGCCUGAGAAAGCGCGUUCUCAGCUGUUGAUCCUGGACAGAGGAUUCGACUGCGUUUCACCUCUGCUGCACGAGCUCACGUUACAAGCGAUGGCAUACGAUCUGCUGGACAUUGACAACGACGUUUACAGAUUCGAGGUAGCGGCGGGUCAGGAGAAGGAAGUGCUACUCGACGAGAAUGACGACCUGUGGGUGGAGCUCAGGCACCAGCACAUCGCUGUGGUGUCUCAGAACGUGACGAAAAAUCUGAAGAGGUUUACCGAAUCAAAAAGAAUGCCGCAGGGCGACAAGCAGAGCAUGCGAGACCUGUCGCAGAUGAUCAAAAAGAUGCCGCAGUAUCAAAAGGAGCUGAGCAAGUACGCCACGCACUUGCAGCUGGCGGAGGAUUGCAUGAAGCGCUAUCAAGGAAACGUAGAUAAGCUUUGCAAGGUCGAGCAGGAUCUAGCUAUGGGCACCGAUGCGGAGGGCGAACGUAUCAAGGAUCACAUGAGGAACAUCACGCCAAUUCUGCUCGAUCAGACGGUGAACCAUCUGGACAAGCUGCGCAUCAUCUCUCUGUACGUCAUCAGCAAAAACGGCAUCACCGACGAGAAUCUUAAUCGAUUGGUGCACCACGCCCAAGUGACCGACGAUGAUAAGCAGACCAUCGUCAACAUGGCGAAUCUCGGCAUCAACGUCGUCCUAGACAGCAAUCGCAAGAAGUUGUACACGGUGCCGCGUAAGGAGAGGAUAACGGAGCAAACUUACCAGAUGAGCCGUUGGACUCCAGUCAUCAAGGAUGUAAUGGAGGACUCUAUCGAAGACAAACUCGACUCGAAGCACUUCCCGUUCCUUGCUGGACGUGCGUCCAGUUCGGGAUAUCACGCACCGACCAGCGCGCGAUAUGGACACUGGCAUAAGGACAAGGGUCAGCAGACCAUCAAAAACGUUCCCCGCCUGAUCGUCUUCAUCGUUGGCGGCGUGUGCUUCUCCGAGAUACGAUGCGCUUACGAAGUCACGAAUGCCUUGAAAAACUGGGAGGUCAUCAUUGGUUCGUCCCACAUAAUUACACCAAAGUCGUUCAUAAAUGACCUGAGUAAACUGCACGUCUAAAUCGCCGCGUAACCAAAGAAACAGACGACAUUCCCGCACCUCUAUGAUCUGCCAUUAGCCUCGACUCCAUUACCAGUAGUACCGGCUACGAGAGACCGUCGACGAUCCCGAAUGCGAAAUUAGAAUAAUAAUCAACCGCGUGACCGCACGCAGAGUCAAUUCUUCGAGCGAGAACGUCUUCUCCGGGAGCUUACGGAGAUUACGUGCGACCGUAAUCGCGAGUAUCGAUAUCAAUUAUCAGUCGAGCACGUACACAUGUAACAAUAUGAAAGUAUUCGCGUGUUAGUCGAUCGCGCGGAGGGUCUUGAUCGGUCGAAUCACAUGAAAUCGAGUGCCUGCGCGAGUACACAGUCAUCGGGGAAUCGCACGAGACAAACAUCGUGCGGCAGUUAUUGAUGCAAGAUCGCAGGAGAGACGUAGAACGAUAGAGAUGUAGAGAUGUAUUGGUCGUGUGCGUUAACACCACCACCAUCCUUUGUCGGUAAUAAGGACGGGAGUUGCGUGUACCUUUGCACUAGGAGUACGUCGUAGAGAGGAGGGACCGUGAUAUUCCUGUACAUUUUUCCCGUUAGUGUUUCGUUAUCUUCCGCUCGUUGAGACUUACUGACCGUACUCGAGUUGGCGUUUUCGAUGUAGAUAGCCUACGUUCAAGCAUAUAGUAUAUAUAUAUACACGUAUGACUUCUGCUAUUUCUGGAAUUCAUUCCAUCACGAUAGAGACUUGGGAUUUAAACGUCACGUCGCAAACUCGCUUUGGUCUUCACUUGACUCUAGUACUAAUUACGAUUAACCGUGAUAAUGCUAUUUAUUUUCGGUAAUUAUUACUUCUCGAGUCCUAUCUUAGUCGCACUGAGUGUAAAAAUAAAAACUGUUAGAUGUAUGAAUCUGUCUGCUCGUUGCUCCUACCUUCGUUAACUUAUUUCUUAUCUCAUUGUCAGUAUCGGAGCCGCAACCGUUCGCCGCGACCAGAAGGUAGAGAAGUACUUUCGAGCAGAAGCUUGCGCCUGCCGAUGAGUAAUCAUUAAUGGCAAUAAUUAAUGUAACGUCAUUAAUUAAAUGUUGCGAUCUAUUAUUAGCAGGAGAGAUUAUUAUAAAGUUAAACGGUAUUUAUAAAGUAUAUAUCCUGUUGCAUAUAUGUAUGUAUGUAGAUUAUAUAGUAACGAACGAAGUAUUCUCUGUGCUUAUAAAGGCCUACGUUGCGCUCUACUUGGCGUCUUCCUUUAAUCAUCACUGUAUACCACAUUUACGCGAAUCAAACGAUUGUAACGCGAAAAAAAUAACGCUUUUCCGUGGUUUAGAUAACAUUUCGUUUGGUAGCUCGCUCCUUAUUGCAAUUCAUGGUUCCAGAAAGUUAUCGACAAUCUGAGAUCAAACCUAAAAUCCGUUUAUAAAAUCGUAACGAAACGGAUUUCAGUGCCAUUAACAACUGCUCUCUUCUCUCCUCAUUUGAUAUUUUUUAUCUUCUACUUAAAGUGAAACAGCGAGAGAUGUCGAACUCGAAAGAGAAGGUAAUUCUAGCUUACAGCGGUGGUUAGAUGCUUCUUGUAUAUUUUUCUGCAUGCAAAAAAGAGGAUUUCAAGUUAUGUGGCGAGAACUAACGACGAUUCUGUGCAAAACGAGAAUCUCGAGGCAGUUAAAGAGAAGGCGCUCAAGAUAGGUGCCGUCAAGGUAAAAAAUAUUGUAUUUAUUUGACUCUCUUCAUGUUCUCCAGUAUUAAAUAUAUGAGAUAAAAAGUG